CUCCUCGAUUGAUCAAAUGACAAAGGAGGGGGAAAGGAGGGGGGCUGUGCUAUUCCAGCUGAGCCGCAUUCUAGCUUUCUGCAUGCUUACUGGCUUUCCCAACGUACUCUGAAGACUGGCAGUGGUAGCUUUCGAGGCUUUUGGAUGGGAGAUUAGGACUUGGCAGCUGGGCCCGUGUUGACCAGCUGGUGAGUGCGUCGCUAGUUUGGAGCUGUGCCUUCCUGCCAGUCGAGAAGUGCUUGUGAACUCUGGCACCCCACUCUGAUCUAAAAGGCCUCUGAUAUUGCAGUUCAACUCGGUGCCCGCCUAUAGAAUGAGAGGGUGAAGGGUCCAGGUUUUUUGUCAUGCCAGGAAGCAUGGGGAGGGCAGCGGAGAGCCGAUGCUUUAUAUGCGCGGCUCGGGCUGCCUACUGACGUCACUGACGUCUUGCCGCAAAGUUUGCUGCUUGGCAAGGCGCUAUGCAAGCCUCCGCUGCUGGAGUACUGGGACGGAUGCGAAACGCUGCCGCAAGUGGGAAUGGCAGCUGGAAGAAAGCGGCCCGACCAAUUCAGGUCAUCCUUCUUGUAAGCAUCGCCGUUGUGCCCUUAUUCGUCCUCCACCUCCGGGACCAGUCACGACACCUUUCACUCCGCGAUUCUGUCCUAGCCUCAGCACCUGUAACACCAGCGGCCCAGGAUCUGAGCGGUCCCGGCCGGCAGCCAGUUUCUUGGCACCGGUGCACCUCCAACCUCGCCUCAAAAUGGAAUCGGGAGUUGGUACCCAGGUCGAGGGCCUGCCACUUCCGAAAUGUUUGCAUCUCGAAGGCGUCGGGAAACAUCCAGUACUACGUGGAGAAAGGCGCGGGAGGGGGGAGUCUGGAGGAGGAUUUGGCUCGCGAGUUCCCGCCGUCUCUGGUGGAAGAUUAUUGGAUGGAGUGGAAGCACAUCCUCUUUUGGCCCGAUACCAAGGGCAUCGUCGUCGGGGUGGAUGUCAAGUACGAGGCCAUGCCUGAGGGUGCGGUUUAUGUGAACCAGAGUACGGUCGUUUAUGGGGAUCCUCACUUCCCCGGCAACUUUGGUCACGACAUAGGCGACCUUAUGCUACCUAUAUAUAGGCUUUUACGUCUGUACAAUCUGUUAACAAGAGAUCUGCUCGUGGUCUUCCAAAACCGGGACUGUAGAGACUACGAGCCUAAUACUGGGGGUGUAUGCGCGCUGCAUGAGAAGCUAGGUCCUUGGCUCACUGACCACCCUUUUGUCAAGCUCAAUAAUAGUGGAGUCCAGGGGAGCGAUCUAGUCUGCGCCGAAAACGUGGUCCUUGGGAUGGCCCAUUUUAUGAUGUCUUACGGCCCUGACAUCGACGGGAUGUUUGACAAACUCGUCGAGCACGCUAUGGCGAGGUAUGGAGUGGGGCCGAGAGACCAUCCAAAGGAGCAGCGGAUAGUGGUGUUCCUUAAGAACGGAAAGCGCCGGCUUCUAGAUCCGGAGGGGAUUGCGGAGAGGCUAAGAGGCUCUUUUAACAACCCAGGUCCGUUCUCCGCCCCCUCCCCGCCUGCCGUCACUGUAUCGAACGAGUAUCCGUAUUCCGCCGACAGAGCUCCCCCCACGCCCGGAGGUCCGCUCUCGAUCACUCGGACCGGUGGUCGUCGUUCCUUAGCCGUCGUCCUGGUUCCCGUCGCCGCUGCUUGGAGAUCCGGGUGA